CAGCGCUGCCUCGGCGAGUGACGGAGGACGUCGCGUUGUCCCUGCGUGACGACGCCUUUUCAGUUUGGAUGUUUGGCGCGUGCAGCUAACUGCCUGGGACGGGGUGCUAGCAAAACGGAGUUCGUGAGUCAAAAAUACCACAGUAACAAGGGGAAAACAGGGUGCUGAACCACCAUGUUAGACGGUGGCCACUUUGUGGAGGCGCUGGGCCGCCUAGGUUAUCCUGAUGCAUCAACUCUGAAGGCCUCAGAGUUCGACUGGCUGUUUGAUUGUGCUCCAGAGAACCUUCACUUCUUGCGCUUUGUCUGUCGGACCCUCAAUCGGAACAAUGUUCUCACCGUGGAGGAGGCACGUGCUUUUCAGGAACUACGGAAGUCUGGCAAACCAAUUCUGGAUGAAGCAGCCUUGGGUGAGGUCCUAAAAACCAUUGGUCUUUCAGAUGGGAGCAGUGGAAACAUCUUAGGGCCCUCUUCUUCAUCUUCAUGCUCUGUGUUUGCAUCAGAGGCCGAAGUGGCCAUAGAGGACUUAGAGGCAGAGCUCCAGGCUCUGUAUAAAGAGAGAGAGCUGAAGCAGCAACGCUAUAACAGGUUGCAGGUUGUGGCCACCUCACGUGCAGAUGUUGACCUACGACUCACUACAGAGCUGGAGAGCGCUGCAUGUAAGUUAAAGGAGGCCAGCGCUUUUAUUGGAGCUGAGAAUGCUGACACCAACACUCUGUUACAAAACUUAACAGAUGAGGUUAGCAAACUUGCUUCAUAUCUCCCUGCUCAACCAAAAACCAAGCAAAAAGCGACAGGAGAGCCCAUGGCCCUGUCAAACCCCUCUAUCUCCAAAAGGCCCACUUUCCUCCUCUCUCAGCUGUCCUUGGAUCCUUAUCUGCACCAGGAGGAGCUCAACACCAAAACACUAGCUGCCUUCACUCAGAAGCAUUUCUUCCAGGGCAUCUCUGACAUUGUUGAGACUUCUUGCUCUGAGCGCUUCCAGGUCCUCGACCUCAGUUCUUGUGAAGAUGGAGAGGAGGAGGAGCUAGAGCACAAGGGAAGAGAGAGGGAGGAGCAGGUGGUGGAGCGCAGGAGGACAGAGAUGGCCAGACUUCAGUGGUCUCAUAUUGUGACCCAACACCAACUGAUGCAGGCCAUGGCAGAGGAGAAGAGUGUCAAGGCUGGACUGGAUUGGCUCUCAGAGAAAUCAACUCAUACCAAGAGCAUUUCAACCUCCACCUCACUGCAUGUGCGUGAAGUUGUGUCCCGGAAGGAGCUACAGGCUGUAGAGGCUGAACUGGAGGCUCUGCUUCAUGGACCCGUACCUGCUGCACUUAGGCAAUCAGCCAGGCUGCUCAAUGUGCCGGUAGUGAGGGGAGACCUGGCUCUGCAACUAGCCAGGCAGGACUACUACACCUCCAGACAGGAUCAGGUUCGUGACUACCUACUCCGUCAGAAGGCAUCCUUUGACCUGGUCCUUCUGGCUCAGGAGAUGGAGUUGAGGAGUUGGAGGACGUGUCUGAAGCAGCUGGGAGAAAUAAACAGCAGAAUGGUAAAGGAAGGUGAAGCAGCAACUCUUAGGAUCGAGUCCCUGGCACACCCUGAUCUGGCUAUCAACCCAAGGCCCAACCCUAUCAUCAGCUGCAAGGAUGUAGCCUUCAGCAGAUUGCUCCAGAUCCUCGACCACGAUUCAGACCAUGGUCCAUCCGAGCCUUUUCGGACAUAUGAAGCAUUGGACCAGGCUGCUUGUGACUUUGCAGGCAACCUCCAUGUGACCCGAGAUGCUCUAGCUGGUGCUGACCAUGAGCAGUACUACAAAGCUGCUGGUCUAUAUAGCGACUGUGAGGCACUCCACAGGGCCAUGUACACAGAGCUUCAGCAGCUGGUCUUAGGGCCGCAGGUACGUCUUACGGCCAUCACUGACCAGGAGCUGCUUUGCCCCAAUGCACAGGAGCUGACAGCGAAGCUUGUGGAAGCAGAGUCUCAGCUACAGAGUUUGCAGCAUGUUAUGCAAGAAAUCAUGGGGGAGGUUAAAGCCAAGCGUUCCCAGCUGGAGCGCAAUGCCCUCCUCAGGCGGGAGAGACAAUUAUAUAUCUAUUUUCACUGGGAUGCCCGGCUAUUGCAGAAAAUAGUGGAAGAUCUGGAGGGCAAAAUGGCAGCAAAGAGAGGGCAGCAAUAGUUGAACCUGCCAGAAUGGAUGGAGAGCCUUUAUAGCCAGCUCAAACUCGAUGUGUAGUUUUUGUGUAAAGCUUGAAGAGAUGCUGAUCUGAGAAGUAAACUGUGUGCCUUCAGUGGAGGAAGUUUACUGAUUAAGGCAUGCUCUGCUAUAGUGUGAAUCCUACUCAAAAUCUGUACUUUCAUUUGGUUUGUGUGGGAGAUUAAUCCCUUGAUUUCUCAUUGACUCAUCUUUGGGACAAAGCUCUGCCUAUACAGUGACUGGGAUUCAUUUGAGUGUAUGUAUUUCAAACAAAAAAUUUUAUAUAAACUAAACACGGGAAAAAAAUGUUGGAAUUAAGUGUCUUGUGAUUAUUGUAAAAUUUCCUGUUUCCUUUUUGUUUUAAAUAAUUGAUAAAUAAAGUAAAAUGUUAUCUUUAUGUAAGUUUAUUUGUGUUUCAUUUAUUAUAAUUAUAAUAAAGAUACAGAUUUUUGGAAGAUUCACACUAUACUUUGUAUAGUUUGCUGUGCAAAACACUCUGGUCAAUAUGCUUUUGCAAUUGUUGGAUGUUUUUUUUUGAGAUACCAGUUUUAACCAGUGUAACUGUUUGGGUAACUGACCUAACUCUUUGUUUUGUCCCUUUAUCCUGUUCAGGCCUUUCACUGCUGAAGAGUCAAGAUAUCCUCAGCUAGAGAGAGAGUAACAGUUGUUCUGAUAGGGAGGAUAUGGAGCAGUCCAACAGUAGGCUAUACUCAGGAUCUCUGUCCCAGGCGGCCCAGAAGAUUCUGGCUGCUCUGCGGGCCCAGAUCAACUACUCCAGCAUUGACAGGCAAAGUCAGUCAGGCAUCAAGUAGAGAAAAUCUUAUUGAAGCUUGUUGCAGUAUAUUAUGAAAGGAAGAAAAAAAAAAAUCAUGUAAAAGCCUCAAGUUAACUGGUUUCUUGUUUAAUGUAUGUGUGCAGCAUUUUUGAUAUUCAUGCCAUUGCUUGUUUUUUGCCUCCUUGUCAGCAAUUCCAUAUCAUCAGACAUAUUAGCCAUUUUGUAAUUAAUGUUUUCUAUUAAUGUUUUAUUUUAUUUAACUUUUUUUUUGUCGUUUGGCAUUUUUGAAACCAGUAGGAAACAGUAUUGUUGCUAAGUGACAUUUUGGAUGAUUGUAAAAUAUUGGUAACAAGUGUUAACUGCUUUAACGUGUUAUUUUUAGCCUUUUUAAGCUAAAAAAUUGUUAUAUUUAGCCUGUGGGUGUUGUGGAGUUCAGUAAUUUGAUUUAAAAAAAAAAAAAAAAAA